CGGCCAGGACCAUAGGACUAAAUGCUAAGAGCACGCGUGACCCUACACAGCAGUGGGGAGUCCCGGACUCCAGAAUUCCAUACACACCCACCCCGAGUGACCCACCUGCGCAGCUGGUCAGAGACAGCUCAUCCCGAAGACUCCAGCUCCAACGAACGAAGCUCAUGGUGGAAUUGGAAAGCCCAUCCGCUUUACGGCGUCUCCUCCUCCCCACCCCACUCCCUCGCCCCUCCUCUCGAUGCCCUCUCGCCAGCCUCCUCUCCCCUCCCCGCCGCUGCCGUCUCCUCUUGCUGCCCACCACCACAGCCGCCUCCGCCGUCUCCACUCCCUGGCCGUCGCCGCCGCCGCGGCAGCCGCGGCGCUCCUAGUGGUCGCGCUGGCGCUGGCCCUGCUGCUGCUGUGGCUUCGGCGGAGGAAGCGGCGCGCGGCGGCGGCCAGGUCCAAGGAAGGCGCGGAGAGGCUGGAGCGGCUGUCGUACCGGCAGUUGCGGCGCGCGACGGGCGGGUUCGCGGCGGGGGGCAAGCUGGGGCAGGGCGGGUUCGGCCCCGUGUUCCGCGGCGCGCUCCCGCCUCCCCGCGGCGGCCACGGCGUCGGGAGGCCCGUCGCCGUUAAGGUCAUGGACGCCGCGGGGUCGCUCCAGGGCGAGCGGGAGUUCCACAAUGAGAUCGCGAUCGCCUCCCAUCUCCGCGCCACCGCCGCCGCCUCGUCGUCCUCUCCUGACCCCGACGCGGCUGCCAGGUCCGGUGACAAGGCGCGUGACUCCAUAUUGCUUCCGUUCGCCUACUCGAUGCCGACGCGGACCGAGGGCCGGGCGCGCCGGAUGAUGCUGGUGUACGAGCUGAUGCCCAACGGCUCGCUGCAGGACGCGCUGCUGGGCCGGCGCUGCCCCGAGCUGGUGGCGGAGUGGCCGCGCCGACUCGCCGUGGCGCGUGACGUGGCCGCCGCCCUCCAUUACCUUCACUCGGUGCUCAAGCCCCCUGUUGUGCACGGGGACGUCAAGCCCAGCAACGUCCUUCUCGACACGGACCUCCGUGCUCGCCUCGCCGACUUCGGCCUUGCCCACGUCAAUUCGGACCCCGACCCUGACUGCAAGCUGGAGAGCGGUGCGAUUGCAGAAGGAGGUGAUGUCAAUGGGAAUGCCGAUGCGGGAUGUGAUGAUGAUGUCUCCGUGAUGGCUGAGAGCACUGUCACAACGACGGUUGAUGGGGAGGGGAAUGUUGCCCCCAAGUCGCCUGAGGAUGAUGAAGGCUUCACAUUGGCAUCACCGGCGGAGGCUGCAUCCACUUCUGGGUUUGACCAGACCAGUGUUGACAGUGGGAUGAACAGCCGCAGUUGCAAUGGUGUCGGUUCACGCACUGGUGGUGCUACCUCGUCGGGGACUGGGAGCGACUGGUGGUGGCGACAGGACAAUGGUGGGAGCAGCAAUGGCGUAAAGGAUUAUGUCAUGGAGUGGAUAAGAUCAGAGAUCAAGAAGGAGCGCCCCAAGAAUGAUUGGAUUGCAGGGUCAGCUUCGACCAACCCAGGGGCAGAGAGGAAGAAGCAAAAGCGUAGAGCUCGCGAGUGGUGGCGCGAGGAGUACACUGACGAGCUGGCAAAGAAGCAGAAACGCAGGGCACUUGCUAAAUCAAGGAGCGAGCAGGCUGGGCUGCAAUGGUGGGAGCGUGAUAUUGAUGACGACUUGGAUGGGAAGGGACAGUCCAAGUGGAACAUGGUGAAGAGCUGGAGUCGAAGAAGUAAUGGUAGCAGUGGCAAUGGCAAUGGCAAUGGCAAUGGCAGCAUCAACUGGUGGGUUAAUGGUGCAAGAAGCAGCCGUGAUUGGGCAAGUGGAGAAUUCGUGCCCAAGAGCAGCGGAGCAGUGAGCAGCACGCCUAGCAUGCGCGGUACCGUGUGCUAUGUUGCGCCGGAGUACGGUGGUGGCGGUCCUUUGUCCGAAAGAUGCGAUAUCUAUAGCUAUGGUGUCCUGCUACUAGUUCUUAUCUCCGGCAGACGGCCACUGCAAGUGUCAGCCUCACCCAUGUCAGAGUUUGAGAAGGCAAGCCUGAUAUCAUGGGCAAAGCACCUUGCACGGGCAAGCCGCUUGAUUGAUCUUGUUGACCCAGCCCUGAAAGAUGUUAACCAUGAUGAAGCACUCCUCUGCAUUACGGUUGCCCUCCUCUGCAUACAGAGGUCUCCUGCUCGUCGGCCAUCAAGUGAGGAGUUGCUCCGGUUGCUGUCCGGUGAGGGCGAGCCACCUCACCUGCCGCUGGAGUUCUCACCGUCCCCACCUGGUGGGUUCCCUUUCAAGUCCCGCAAGAAAGUCCGGUGAGUUUGUUUAUGUUCUUGCUUAGAUGCAAAGGCUGCUUUAACCACUUAACCUUGUACCUUUAUAGUAUAUGUUUUCUCCCAUACACGUUCCUAGUUCGUGUCUUUAUUACUAAUAAGUAUGUAUACAGCUCCCUAGGGAGAAAGGGCAAUCUUAAUUCACAUUUGACAAGUGUCUAGUGUUGAUCACAUACGCAAUCAUAGGCCCCUGGUCAUGCAUGAUUUAGUACUAAAGAGAAGACUUCAAGAAAUCGCCUUGUGGUGGGAUAUAUCUGCCUUUUGUGCCUAUGUAUCGUCAAGCAUCUUACCUUUUAGACAAUCUUUAGAGGGCAGUGCUUUACGUGGGGCCUGGAACCUGUUAUUGUCUCUAGCUCUUCUUGAUAACAUGUUGUGCUGAACUACUGUGCCCACAACCAUAUUUUAUGAUGGAUCCAAGCUUUUGGUGUCUAUA